UCUUAGAUAUGUUUAGAAAAAAAAAAUUAUUUUACAUUAAACUGUUUGGUGUGUAACACUGUGACAAUUUGAUUAAACAAUGACUGAUUAUGAAUUAUUAUUUACAAAAAUUUUUUAAAAAAUGUGAUUACAGCCUCAUAAUAUUUAUUUUCCAGUCUCCUCCACGAGUCACGACGCUGUAAUGAUGUCUCUUUUAUAGUCUUUACUUCUUCCUCACUACAGGCACACACACACACACAGAGAACAAAUCUCCGUUCUGUUUUCCUGUCUCUCUGCUUUUUAGUCUUCUGCGUUUGUUCUUUGUGUCGUCGCCAAAGCCAGUUUCCUUCACAGAGCUUUUCUUUCAAGAACCUGUGGUCCCGAACUCAGAUUGGAUCUGUACAAUAGAACAAGUUUGUGGUUUGAAUUUGCCGAUUAAUUCGUGGGAGUUACUACCUUGGUUUAGAGCAGCAUUUGCUUUAUACAUACAAGCUGUAUUGGUGAUAAACGAAACAGACUCUGAGAUGGCUUCUGGGAAUUUGAUUAAGGCUAUAAUUAGAUUGAAGAGGGGUAAACAAAGGAGCAUCAAGAACGAAAAGGGAUUUGUUAAACCUAAAGCUUCCAAGAAGAAGGGUACUCUUUCUUCAUCACUAGUUACUCGUACUGAGGAUUGGGCUGCAACUCGGAUUCAGACUGCUUUUAAAGCCUAUAAGGCUAGAAAAAGCUUACGGCGUCUAAAGGGAAUUGCAAGAGCAAAGUUAUCUACUGAGAAGCACUCUGUGAAGAACCAAGCGGUGGUCACAUUGAGGUAUCUUCACUCAUGGAGUAAAAUACAGUCAGAGAUAAAGGCUCGCCGAGUUUGCAUGGUUACCGAAUGGCGACUCAAGAAUAAGAGAUUAGAGCAUCAGCAAAAGCUUGAGGCAAAGCUUCAUGAUGUUGAAGUUGAGUGGAAUGGUGGGUCAGAGACAAAAGAUGAAAUCUUGGAGAGGAUACUUCAAAGGGAAGAAGCAACGAUCAAGCGGGAAAGGGCUUUAGCAUAUGCCUUCUCUCAUCAGUGGAAAGCCGAUGGUAAGACUCAGUGGCUGGGGAGUUAUGAACUGGGCAACACUAAUUGGGGUUGGAGCUGGAAAGAGCGUUGGAUUUCAGCUCGGCCUUGGGAAGUAAGAUAUACAGCGACUCCUAAGAAACCGAAGAGCUCAAAGACAUUUUGCAAAAGUGAGACUAACUCAAAUUCACCAGCAAAGAGAGUAAUGUCAUUAUCAUCAGUUCCAGCCAAAGCUUCAUCCUUGGGAACUAGAAACACAGUGAAACCACGGAGAUUGUCAUUUCCCGGUGCGUGAAGCGAAGUUAACUUUGUCUGCGUCUAAAGAGUAUACACGUACACUUGAAGAUUGAGGGUAUAAUUUAUUUGGUCUUAUGUGUUUCUCUGGUGUGAUGUAAAUAUAUGUAUUUGUUAUGUAGACUACGAUGGUGGUUCUUGUUUGCUUAAUACAUGCAUCUGUUUGUCUCUCA